AUGCAAACCAAUCUUAAAACUAAAGAAAUGUUUAUAGUCAGAGCUUUGGAAAAAAUAUUAGCGGAUAAGGACAUUAAAAGAUCCUAUCACAGUCAGUUAAAAAAGUCGUGUGAAGUAGCUCUAGAGGAAAUAAAGGCAGAGUUAAAAAAUGGAGGUCAGUUGGAGACAUCUGAAAGUCCAACUUCCGGUACUUUGCCUCUACCUAAAAAUGAUUCAGCCAAUAUCAUUACAGCAGAAAAGUAUUUCCUACCCUUUGAACUGGCCUGCCAAAGCAAAGCAUCCAGGAUAGUUGUUACAGCACUUGACUGCCUACAAAAAUUGAUAGCCUAUGGACAUCUGACUGGAAACAUUCCUGAUUCUACCACACCAAGAAAACUUUUGAUAGAUAGAAUUGUUGAAACUAUUUGCAGUUGUUUUAAUGGCCCACAAACAGAUGAAGGAGUGCAACUCCAAAUAAUCAAAGCCCUCCUUACUGUGAUAACAAGUCAACAUGUUGAAGUCCAUGAAGGAACUGUUCUCCUUGCUGUUCGUACCUGUUAUAAUAUAUACCUAGCCAGUAAAAAUCUUAUCAAUCAAACUACCGCCAGAGCAACUCUAACCCAGAUGCUUAAUGUAAUAUUUACAAAAAUGGAAAACCAAGCUUUGGAAUCUGAUUCCACCCCUAAUCCUCCCCCGGAAAAUCAUAAAAUACCCAAUGGCACCAUACAAGCAGAGGAAACUCAAGUGAAUGACAAUAACAAAGAAACCACACCAAAUGAAGAAGAAAUUGAUGAAGUCUUAGAAGCAAAAAUAAUUGCAAAACAAAUUGUAGAUUCUGUAAUAGAUAAUGCUAUUAGUAUUGCAUCAAAGAAAUCUGCUAUAGAUGUAAGUCAAAAUGGUCCAGAUAAUAAUGAAAACCCAGUUGAUUCACAUGACAGUGGAAGUAUUUCACAAGAGAGUAAUAGCCAAGUUAAUAAUGAUACAACAAUGACUAGAAUUCCAUCGCAAGAAAGUGUAGAUGUUGCAUCAGAGAACGAUAAUUCUGUCACGGCUAAAUUUACACAUGUAUUACAGAAAGAUGCUUUCCUUGUUUUCAGAGCUUUAUGUAAACUAUCAAUGAAGCCGUUACCUGAUGGCACACCAGAUCCUAAGUCACAUGAACUUAGAUCCAAAAUACUGUCCCUACAUUUACUUCUAUCUAUUCUGCAAAAUGCUGGGCCUGUCUUCAGAAAUAAUGAAAUGUUCAUAACAGCUAUCAAGCAAUAUCUCUGUGUUGCUCUAUCGAAGAAUGGAGUCAGUUCAGUGCCUGAAGUUUUUGAACUUUCCCUAGCUAUUUUUUUGGCUUUGUUGCAAAAUUUUAAAGUUCACCUAAAGAAACAGAUUGAAGUAUUCUUUAAGGAAAUCUUUAUGAAUAUUUUGGAGACCUCUAGUUCGACUUUUGAACACAAAUGGAUGGUUAUUCAAGCUCUGACGAGAAUAUGUGGGGAUGCGCAAAGUGUAGUUGACAUUUAUGUCAAUUACGAUUGCGAUUUGUCGGCCGCUAACCUAUUUCAAAGGCUUGUAAAUGACGUUUCAAAGAUCGCGCAGGGUAGACAAGCUUUAGAAUUAGGCGCAACUCCAAAUCAAGAAAAAUCUAUGAGAAUCCGGGGACUUGAAUGUCUUGUCUCCAUUUUGAAAUGUAUGGUGGAAUGGAGUAAGGAGCUCUAUAUCAAUCCAAAUAUGCAAACGACUUUGGGGGAAAGACCAGUUAAAGAAGAUAAUGAUCGUCAUAGCAUUAAAUCUCAUGGCGGAUCGAGUCUAAGUCUAGUUUCUACAGGAUCUAGUAAUAUUGGCAAUAGAGAAACAUUAGAUUCUCCUGAGCAAUUUGAAGUUUUGAAACAGCAAAAAGAAGUAUGGGAAACUGGCAUUGAUCUCUUCAACAGAAAACCAAAGAAAGGUGUUACAUUCUUACAGGAUCAAGGCUUACUUGGAACAUCUACUAAAGAAAUCGCAGAGUGGUUGUUAACUGAUGAGAGAAUUGAUAAAAUAUUCAUUGGAGAAUAUUUAGGGGAAAAUGAUGAUCAUUCCAAAGAAGUUAUGUAUGCAUAUGUGGAUUCUAUGAACUUUUCAAACAUGGACAUUGUAGCUGCUUUGCGAUAUUUCUUAGAAGGUUUCCGAUUGCCUGGUGAAGCUCAAAAAAUUGACAGACUGAUGGAAAAAUUCGCCGCUCGCUAUUGCGAAUGCAAUCCAAAUAAUACAUUGUUUACUAGUGCUGAUACUGUUUAUGUGCUAGCAUUUUCCAUAAUCAUGUUGACAACAGAUUUGCACUCCCCACAAGUUAAAAAUAAAAUGACAAAGGAACAGUACAUUAAACUUAAUAGUGGUAUAAGUGAUAACAAUGACUUACCGCGUGAAUACUUAUCGCAGAUUUACGACGAAAUAGCUGGACAUGAGAUAAAAAUGAAAAACACAUCUAAGCCUGGCAAACAUAUGAUAUCUAAUGAGAAAAAACGCAAACUCAUUUGGAAUAUGGAAAUGGAGCAAAUAUCGACGGCAGCUAAAAACUUGAUGGAAUCUGUUUCACAUGUUCAAACUCAAUUCACGACUGCCAAACAUGUAGAGCACGUACGACCGAUGUUUAAAAUGGCCUGGACACCAUUCCUUGCUGCUUUUUCCGUUGGCCUUCAAGAUUGUGAUGAUCCCGAAAUCGCUUCUUUGUGUCUCGAUGGAAUUAGAUGCGCAAUUCGCAUAGCUUGCAUUUUCCAUAUGUCACUUGAAAGAGACGCAUAUGUUCAGGCCUUAGCUAGAUUUACACUGUUGACCGCAAAUUCACCUAUCACAGAAAUGAAAGCAAAAAAUAUUGACACCAUAAAGACCUUAAUAACUGUUGCACAUACUGAUGGAAACUACUUAGGAUCCAGCUGGUUGGACGUCGUCAAGUGUAUUUCUCAGUUAGAAUUAGCCCAGCUCAUUGGAACUGGAGUACGACCUCAAUUUUUAUCUGGAUCAGGCAUAAAACCUCAACCAGAUUCAUUGAAAUUCAGUCUAUUGGCCUUAGAUCCCAGUGUAAAGGAGCAUAUAGGUGAAACAAGUUCGCAAAGCGUAGUAGUAGCCGUCGAUAGAAUUUUCACAGGCUCUACAAGACUAGAUGGUAACGCGAUUGUUGAAUUUGUGAAAGCCCUUUGUCAAGUAUCAUUAGAUGAAUUGAGUCAUCCUACAAAUCCUCGAAUGUUUUCCCUUCAGAAAAUUGUAGAAAUAUCGUACUAUAAUAUGGGUAGGAUCAGGUUGCAAUGGUCUCGUAUUUGGCAAGUGCUUGGAGAUCAUUUCAAUAAAGUUGGCUGUAGUGCUAACGAAGAUAUAGCGUUUUUCGCCGUUGAUUCACUAAGACAGCUCUCUAUGAAAUUUAUAGAGAAAGGGGAGUUUGCCAAUUUCAAAUUCCAAAAAGACUUUUUACGACCAUUUGAACACAUUAUGAAAAAGAACAGUUCUCCUACAAUAAGAGACAUGGUCGUCAGAUGUAUUGCGCAAAUGGUAAAUUCACAAGCGCCGAACAUAAAGUCUGGCUGGAAAAAUAUAUUUUCAGUAUUUCACUUAGCAGCAAGCGAUCAAGAUGAAGCGAUCGUUGAUUUGGCAUUCCAAACUACAGGUAAAAUUAUAACAGAAUUGUAUGAGAAACAAUUCUCAGCUAUGAUAGACUCAUUCCAAGAUGCAGUAAAAUGUCUAUCUGAAUUUGCGUGUAACGCUAAAUUCCCCGAUACGUCCAUGGAAGCAAUAAGACUUGUGAGGUCUUGUGCAACAGCUGUGGGUACUUCGCCUCAAUUGUUUGCUGAACACGCAGGCCUGGAAGGAGAACCAGGAGCUCCUGAAGUUGAUAGAGUGUGGUUGCGCGGAUGGUUUCCACUCCUAUUUUCACUUUCUUGCGUCGUAAGCCGUUGUAAACUUGACGUCCGUACGAGAGGACUGACUGUUCUCUUUGAGAUUAUUAAAACUCAUGGCGACUCAUUCCGUCCCCAUUGGUGGAGAGAUUUAUUCAAUAUACUGUUUAGAAUUUUUGAUAUUAUGAAGUUACCUGAACAUCAAUUAGAGAAAAAUGAAUGGAUGACUACGACAUGCAAUCACGCGUUGUAUGCUAUUGUAGAUGUUUUCACGCAAUAUUUUGACAUUCUUGGCUCCCUUUUGCUAGAACAAUUGUAUGCCCAACUUCAUUGGUGUGUACAGCAGGAUAACGAACAACUUGCAAGAUCUGGUACGAAUUGUUUGGAAAAUCUAGUCAUUUCGAAUGGUAUGAAGUUCGAUGAAGAAACCUGGAGCAAAACUUGUCAGAUUAUGUUGGAUAUUUUUAAUAGUACUUUACCCACCACGCUACUUACAUGGAAACCUGAAGAAAAUGAAGAUGGCGAGACCCCUCACGUGCGCCACGGCAUCUUAAAGAAACCACAAGGAAGCGAUGAAAUCAAAUCUUCCAACCGAGUUUUUAACAGCCUUCUUAUCAAAUGUGUGGUACAGUUAGAACUUAUUCAAACGAUCGACAACAUUGUCUUCUACCCGGCUACAUCUAGGAAGGAAGACGCUGAGACUUUAGCAUUGGCAGCCGCUGAACUAACUGGUGGAACUCCAGGAACCGAACAAGAAUGUCAGCGUGAAGAACAAGGCAUGUACAGACUCCUCAGCUCACCACACCUGCUACGACUCGUGGAGUGUUUGAUGUGCAGUCAUCGAUUCGCUAAAACGUUUAACACGAACAACGCUCAAAGAAAUGUGCUAUGGAAAGCCAAUUUCAAGGGAUCGGUUAAACCUAAUAUGUUAAAACAAGAAACGCAAUCGUUAGCUUGUGUCAUUCGAAUAUUAUUCAAAAUGUACAGCGAUGAGGCACGAAGAAGCCACUGGCCGGCGGUACAGAAGAGCCUCAUAACGAUAUCUUGUGAAGCUCUCGAAUACUAUGGCUCUUUGACGAACGAAGCUCACAGAGACGCGUGGACCUCGAUACUACUUCUCAUUCUCACCAGAAUACUAAAAAUGCCUGAUGAAAGAUUUGCAGCGCACGUGUCGAGUUACUACCCAGUGCUGUGUGAGAUCACCUGCUUCGAUCUAAAGCCAGAGCUUCGAUCAGUCCUCCGGAGAGUCUUCAUACGCAUUGGACCUGUAUUCAACAUAGUUUCUAACACGCAA